UUAACUCAGCACCUUAAUUCAGAUCUCUCUCGAGUCUUAACACCCAAUGACCCAAACUUGAUAGACCCAAAGCAAAACACAACACAACUCCAAACUCCACCAUGGCCGAUCACCAACACCAUCUCAUCCAAAAUCACCACCACCAUCACCGUCCUAACCGUAUCUCCCUCCCCCAACGCACCACCACCACCACCGCCGCCGCCGGCAAUCCCAACACACCCAACACUUCAAGACUCUACCCUGUCUACCCAUUCACUCCAUCAUCUUCAUCUUCAACCCCAUCAAAACACCGCCUCUCCUCUCUCCCUUCCUUCACCUCCAAUUCCAAACCCACCACAAAAUCUUCCCUUUCCUUUCUCUUCCUCCUCCUCCUCUUCUCCCUCCGCUCCCUCUAUUCCCUCCUCCCUUUCCUCCGCUCCUCCCCUCCUUCUUUCUCUCUCUUCCCUUUCUCUUUCCUCGUCUCCCUCCUCUCUUUCCUCCUCACCCUCGCUUUCUCUCUCCUCCCAUCCACUCCUUCCUCUCUCAAAAACCCAUUUCACCCAAAACCCCAAAACCAAAUCUUUCUCUCUCUUUCCUCCAUUUCCCAAUCUCAGCUCAGAGCUUUGUUCUUCAAGUCCAUUCUUUUGGCCGUGGUUUUUCUUCUCCGAUUCCAAGCGCUUCGAUAUUGCGGCACUGCCGCAUUGAUUCUAGCUGAAUUGUCUGGCAAUGUGACUGCCCGUUUCGCUUUCGAAUCGAGGGAUCAGAAUUUCGGUGGUGGGUUUGGUCAGAAUCGGAUUUCUAAGGUUCGUGGAUUCUUGGCUUUGUUUUUCGGGUUGUUUUUGUUGGCUGUGAGUUGGGAUCGGAUUGAAUGUUUUCCAUUGUCUGCUUAUUCUGUUGAAAAAUUUGGUGUUUCGGUGUUUCCUAGAGACAAUUGUGUGAGGUUUUGGCCUAUGUUGUUACCGUUUGUUUCUGGGUUUUUGGGUUGCUAUGAUCGUGUUUCGAUGAAUUCCGGGAUAAUUAGGCAACUGGGUCAGAAAAGGGUUAGGCUGAUUUCAUUGUUUUUCACUACAAUUGUGCUUUUUGUGCCUGCUGUUAUUAGCGUAGUUGUGUUCGAAGCUGAGGGAGAUAGUGUUUCCUUUGGGAAUUUGAUUUGGCCUUUGGCAAACACUGUAGUUUUUGGUGUGCUUUUGAGUGAGAAUUAUAGUGAUGAGAAGUUGGCAAGUUCUAAGGAUUUUCGGAGAGAGUUUUUGGUUACAUUUCUGUGCACUCUUGUUUUAGAGCUGUUUUAUUUUGCUGAGCUUUCGCUUUGGGGAUUGUUGCUUUGUGGUUUGUUGCUCUAUGUAGCUGUUAGGGAGUUGGAUCCUGUUUAUUUGAAUUAUCUUGAAUUGGGGAUGGAGUCGCCAGAGUCCUUUUCUACCUCGAUUAUGAAGCCUAUACGGCAUAUUUUGAGUGAGAGGAAGUCACGGAAGAUUGCACUUUUCCUUUUGAUCAACACAGGGUACAUGGUUGUGGAAUUCGUUGCCGGGUUCAUGAGCAAUAGUCUUGGGUUGAUAUCUGAUGCAUGUCACAUGUUGUUUGAUUGUGCUGCUCUGGCAAUUGGGCUAUAUGCUUCAUAUAUUUCACGUUUGCCUGCAAACAAUCAGUAUAACUAUGGACGUGGGAGAUUUGAGGUUCUUUCGGGAUAUGUUAAUGCUGUUUUCCUGGUUCUGGUUGGAGCACUAAUAGUUCUAGAGUCGUUUGAGAGGAUUUUGGAUCCUCAGGAGAUAUCAACUAAUAGUCUGUUAACUGUAUCAAUUGGAGGGCUUGUGGUAAAUGUGGUUGGUUUGAUUUUCUUUCAUGAGGAGCACCAUCAUGCCCAUGGUGGAUGCUCACAAUCUCAUCCUCACUCCCAUUCCCACUCCCACACCCACCAUCAUGAUCAACAUUCUCAUGACCAUACUGGACAUCAUCAUGAAGAUCAUGGAAAUCAUCAUGAAUGUAUCACUGUUUCCCAUGAAUGCCAUGAAAAAUCAUGCUCUGACCAUGGUGACCAUCAUGAACACCACAGCUGUAAUACUCAUGGCGGUGCUGACAGUUGUAAAGACCACAUUAAUGGGGGACACGAUCACCACCAUGACCAAGCUCACCAGCAUGAUCAACAUGACCAUACUCACCAUCAUGACCACCAUCACCAUCAAGCUGAUGAUGACCAUGUCCCUGAUGUCCACCAUCGUCAUCAUCACUCUGAUGGCCAUAAUGUGGCAGACUCUCAUGGUCAAGGAGCAGGUUCCCAAGCUCAUGCCAACUCAACAAAACUUUCAUCUGGUAGAGAUCAACCACAAAAACACCACCAUCAUCAUAUUGACCACAACAUGGAAGGAAUAUUCCUGCAUGUUCUAGCAGACACCAUGGGAAGUGUUGGAGUUGUUAUAUCAACCCUUUUAAUUAAGUACAAGGGAUGGCUCGUUGCUGAUCCUGCAUGCUCAAUAUUUAUUUCAGUCUUGAUUGUAGCUUCAGUUAUUCCAUUACUCAGAAACUCUGCAGAAGUUUUGCUCCAAAGAGUUCCUAGAAUGCAUGAGCAGGAGCUGAAAGAAGCUCUAAAUGAUGUUAUGAAGAUAAGGGGAAUAUGUGGUAUACAGAAUUUUCAUGUGUGGAGCUUUACAAACACAGAUGUUGUGGGGACACUAAAUCUUCACAUCUCAGCAGAAACUGACAAGGCUUCUACAAAGGCACAUGUUUCUCGGAUAUUAAAUGAUGCGGGAAUCAAGGAUUUGACGUUGCAGGUGGAAUGUGUUGGAUAAUCAGUGUGGUAACUUUUGACCUAGUUUUCGUCAUUUGUCGAGAGCAUUAUACAAGUAGCCCAUUUCUUGAGAAGUGAAUGUGAUCAACAUCCUACAAAGAUGCUGUUGGCUUGUAGAGAAGUGUGGAUCCUCAGUGAUGCCCUUAAUCUUGGUUCUUGGAAAAUAAUAUAUAUAUUCCAAGGAGUUGAGACAAAAUGGCCUGGGUUUUGUAAGCAUUAUCAACAGAUUCAUGAUGGCUGCUUAUAAGAUCAGCAUGCUUCUUUCCAACAACUCAUUAAGGAUGAUGGAUUUUGUAUUUUAUCAGUUGGUGACAUUCUAACAGUCUACAAGUUUUGCUUAUAUGAUAAUGCGGUCGUGAAAUUCUGCACACAUGUAAAGAAAUAAGCAAAGGCUGCUGGAUUACUUGGGUAUUCAACUUUUUUGCUAGAAUAGGUAUACUUAUCUGGUUCAUGUCCAUGGGCCAUUGGAUCUUACUGUUCUACUGAUGUUGUAAUUGUGAGACACCUGUUUUCUUGCAUUACUUGUUCUUGAAACACCGUGAGGUGGAAUAUAUCAUUGAACAAUUUUGAUUAUACAUGGUGGAUAAUCAUUCUAUAUCAGUUGUAUAACAUUUAUCUUGAUAGUACUCACUACAUUUUUUGACA